UAGAAAAUCUGUCACAUUGAUAGAAGGAUUUCCUAACCUGAAUAUCUGUAAACUUUAACAAUUAAUAUCUCAGGGAUAGAGCGACACAGGGAUAGAGACACUUUUUUGCCAGAUUCGUUCAUUUCGCAAAAACCCAAACCUUAAUGUUAUUAAUUUUUGUGGUAUUGUAGCUAAACUGUUCACAAAAACAGACCCAAUGAGUGAUAGUGAUGAUGAUCAUCCGCGACUAAGCUCGAGUACGCUUGCCGCAUUAGAGGAAUUCUUGAAGGAGAAAGAAGAGCGAGAGAAUUUAUUGAAGCUGAUAUCCAAGGAAGAUCAAGUACCAGAUACUCCUUUCGAUGAGAAUUGGCAAUUGAGUCAAUUUUGGUAUAAUGACGACACAAUAAAGGCUUUUGUCAAUGGUGUUCUAAAUUCUACACCAGCAAAUGGAAAGAUCGCUCUAGUUUCUUGUCCAACUCUUUAUAGCAAAUUAAAGAAGGAGUGUGGUAAACGGCAAAUCACGCUGUUUGAAUAUGACAGUCGUUUCAAGAUAUUUGGUACAGAUUUUAUACACUAUGAUUACAAGUUUCCUCUGGAUAUACCUCGGCAUAUGUCUAGUCAGUACGAUUUAGUUAUAGCCGAUCCACCUUUUCUUUCAGAGGAAUGUCUAACUAAGACUGCAGUGACAAUAAAGUUUUUGACCAAGAAAAAUAUUGUUCUCUGCACAGGUGCUAUUAUGACAGAGCUGGCAGAGAGGCUGUUGGACGUUAGAAAAUGUGAUUUUCUUCCAGGUCAUAAAAAUAAUUUGGCGAAUGAAUUUUAUUGUUAUUCAAAUUUUAAUUUUGACACAAUUCUGAAAUGA